GGCAGGGCGAGGCGGGUGGGGGCAGGAUCCUGCCCAGGAUGUCUGCGAGUCUGGAGAGCCGAUCUAGAGACAAUGGCCCCGAGGGAAUGGACCCCGAUGGCAUCAUUGAGAGCAACUGGAAUGAGAUCGUUGACAGCUUUGACGACAUGAACCUGUCGGAGUCGCUCCUGCGGGGAAUCUACGCCUAUGGGUUUGAGAAGCCCUCCGCCAUCCAGCAGCGAGCCAUUCUUCCUUGUAUCAAGGGUUACGAUGUCAUUGCACAAGCUCAGUCUGGUACUGGGAAGACGGCCACCUUCGCCAUUUCUAUCCUCCAGCAGAUCGAGCUGGACCUCAAGGCGACCCAGGCCUUGGUGCUGGCUCCAACCCGAGAGUUGGCCCAGCAGAUCCAGAAGGUCGUGAUGGCCCUCGGGGACUACAUGGGGGCCUCGUGCCACGCUUGUAUUGGGGGCACCAAUGUCCGGGCUGAGGUGCAGAAGCUGCAGAUGGAAGCACCCCAUAUCAUUGUGGGGACUCCGGGCCGUGUCUUCGACAUGUUGAACAGGAGAUACCUGUCUCCCAAAUUCAUUAAGAUGUUCGUGCUGGACGAAGCUGACGAGAUGUUGAGCCGGGGCUUCAAGGAUCAGAUUUACGACAUAUUCCAGAAGCUGAGCGGGAACACCCAGGUGGUGCUCCUGUCGGCCACGAUGCCCAUGGAUGUGCUGGAGGUGACGAAGAAGUUCAUGCGGGACCCGAUCCGCAUCCUGGUGAAGAAGGAGGAGCUGACCCUGGAGGGCAUCCGGCAGUUCUACAUCAAUGUCGAGAGAGAGGAGUGGAAGCUGGACACGCUCUGUGAUCUCUACGAGACCCUGACCAUCACCCAAGCCGUGAUCUUCAUCAACACCCGCCGGAAGGUGGACUGGCUCACGGAAAAGAUGCAUGCCCGGGACUUCACCGUCUCUGCCAUGCACGGAGAUAUGGACCAAAAGGAGCGUGACGUGAUCAUGCGUGAAUUUCGCUCUGGCUCCAGCCGGGUCCUCAUCACCACCGACCUGCUGGUGAGGAGACUU